AUGAUCGAUAACUACAAGAAUUGGCACGAGCAGCUGCCUUAUGCUUUAUUAGGGUACAGAACGAUGACCCGGACAUCUACCGGAGCAACCCCAUAUCUCCUUGUCUACGGCACAGAAGCGGUCAUACCCGCAGAAGUGGAGAUUCCUUCACUCAGGAUCAUCCAAGAAGCAGAACUGAACGAUGCAGAAUGGGUCAGAAACCGCUACGAGCAGUUGGCCAUGAUCGACGAAAAAAGAAUAGUGGCAGUAUGCCACAGACAGCUAUACAGACAGAGAAUGUCCCGAGCUUUCAACAAACAGGUCAGAGCCCGACUCUUCCAAAUUGGGCAACUUGUACUCAUGCGAGUCUUCCCUCACCAAGAAGAAUACCAAGGGAAAUUUACGCCGAACUGGCAAGGACCAUACAUGGAUAAAAAAGUACUCUCGGGAGGAGUGGACCUAGCUAAGAUGGAUGGACAAGAAUGGCCCAAAGCUAUCAAUGCAGACGCACUCAAGAGAUAG